AUGGUUUUUACGUCUCUGCUCUGUCUGCUGUUGCUGCGACCUGUCUUCAACACUCUAAUGAGAUCUCCAUUGGAAGGGCUUUUUCAACACUUCUCUAGUGAAAGAGAUAUCGCUCCCUCUCCUGAUGCCUCUGUAAAUGGACAGCUGCAUCGAUCAGCUAAAUUGCCUGAUAUCACACAUCUGGAAUUGCUGGUAGUCGUAGGACCUGAUGUCCAGCAGGUCCACAAGCAGGACACAGAAAGAUACAUCCUCACCAACCUCAAUAUUGCCUCAGAGCUGUUGAGAGACAUAACCCUGGGUGCCAACAUGCGGGUGCACCUGGUCCGCAUGGUCAUCCUGUCAGAGCCAGAGCCAGAGAUCCAGCUGUCUACCAACAUCACCUCUUCUCUUAGAAGUGUGUGUGACUGGGGCAGAAGGAUCAACCCCUCCAAUGACACAGACCCAUUACAUGCUGAUCUCCUGUUGUACAUUACAAGGUACGACCUGGUGUUGCCUGAUGGAAACAAGCAGGUGAGGGGAGUAGCACAGCUGGGUGGGGCUUGCUCCAGUGAAUGGAGCUGUGUAAUUACUGAGGACACAGGCUUUGACCUGGGGAUCACCAUUGCUCAUGAAAUUGGCCAUAGUUUUGGAAUCAACCAUGAUGGAGUGCAAAACACUUGCAGCAGGAGUGGGUUCAUGAUGGCCUCUGAUGGGGGCUACAACAGUGUGGAUCUGACCUGGUCCCCCUGCAGCAGACAGCAGCUGCUCACAUUCUUCAGUGAAGCGAAAGCUGAAUGUGUAAAAGACCUGCCUGCGAUGGAAGGCUCCCUGCAAGACUGGAAGCCUGGUCUGUACUAUGGAGUUGAUGACCAGUGUCGAAUAGCUUUUGGUAGCACCGCUAGAGCCUGUUCUUUCACCAAUCCUGAUCUGCCCCUUUGUCGUGUUCUGUCCUGUCACAUUAAACCUGAUGAUAACAGCUCCUGCAAACGUCUCCUAGUUCCACUGCUGGAUGGGACAGAGUGUGCACCUAAUCAGUGGUGUCUGAAGGGGCGUUGUGUGUCCCCAGAUGAGCUCAGUUCCUCUGUUGUGGUGCAUGGCUCCUGGUCCAGUUGGUCUGAGUUCUCCCUCUGCUCACGAACAUGUGGUGGGGGCGUCACUCACCGCACCCGGCAAUGCAACAAUCCCAGACCUUCUUUUGGAGGGAAUGACUGUGAGGGUCUGGAUAUCAAAGCUGAACUUUGUCACCAGCAGCCAUGUGAGCACACCCAGAUGGAUUUUAUGGCAGAGCAGUGUUCCCAAACAGACCUUCACCCGCUCUACUUACAACCACACACUCCUUCUUUCUACACAUGGAUCCCUGCUGUAGGCUUCACACAAGGAGAUGAACAGUGCAGAUAUAUAUGCCAGACAGAUGGAGAAAACUUCAUAGUGAGCCGUGGCUCUCAGUUCGUGGAUGGCACUCGCUGUGAGUCAGACACUGUGACUCCCUUUGGUGCUACAGCUGCCUGUCUAAAAGGAAAAUGCCAGCUGUUUGGCUGUGAUGGUGUGCUGCAUUCUGGGAAACUGAAGGAUGUGUGUGGAGUGUGUGGUGGAGACGGAUCGUCCUGCAGUUUGAACUCUGACUCCUACACUGGUGGCCAGACCAGAGUGUCUGCUUGUUAUUCAAUCAUUUCUGUUUCAGAGUACACCACCUUCCUCUCUCUGCCAGUGAAUGCUACACAAGUUCAUAUUGUCAACAGGGCACCUCUCUUCACUCAUAUGGCUGUAAUGGUUGGGGAUCAGUACAUUGUGUCCGGGAUGGGCAGUAUGGCACUGAAUAUGACUCACCCCUCCCCACUGGAUGAUAACGGCCUUGAGUACCGGCUCCACCUGACCCCUGACCUCUUGCCAGAGAUGGAGGAGCUGCUACUGCCUGGACCACUGCAAGAGGAGAUACACAUACAGGUCUAUCGCAGAUAUGGAAAAGAAUAUGGAGAGAAAACAAAUCCUAACAUUAGUUACGAGUUCUAUGUACCUACCAGAAACAGAGAUAUGACAGACACACCUAAAGGCAACUGGGUCGUCUUUACAACACCCUGCUCUGUCUCCUGUGGAUCAGGUAAGUUACCGUUAGUCACAAAACACACUGAAAAGUAUAUAAAAAAAAACUGCUUACUGUUAUGUUUCCUAUCCUUCCCUUAUAAAUUCAAAGACUGUUUGUUCUUUUUAUACAUAUUAUGUCAUAUUGCAGGUAUACAGAAGCAUGUAUAUGUGUGUGUAGAUGAAGACACUAACAACCAUUUGGAGGAACACAACUGUGAAACAGCUCCUCCAGCCAUACCACUGCACACAACCUGUCAGCUCUCCCCCUGUCCCCCCAGGUGGGACACUGGGAAAUUUGGGCCUUGUAGUGCAUCCUGUGGCGGAGGAGAGAGAGUGCGCCCUGUAACAUGCGUUCAGAAACAUGGAGCCAUCGUGGUAAAAGUUCCUAGUUCUGAAUGCCCACCUGAUACAGCUCCAAACGUUGUUGAAAAAUGCAACCUACAACACUGUCCUGCAAGGUGGCGUAUAUCAGAGCCAGCUAAAUGUUCAGCAGUGUGUGGACCAGGAGAAGCAAAGCAAACCGUGUUGUGUGUCCGGCCAGAAAAUGGACAGGACGUUGAAGUGGAUCAGAGCUUCUGUUCAAAGCAAACACGACCACCUGAUUCAGUGCCCUGUGUGGUAGAUGUCUGCCCCAUUGGAUGGGAAUCUAAGGGAGAGGACCAACCCCAGCUAAAGUCUGGUUUGUUGCCAAACACUAGACAAGCUCCUGUGUAUGUGUGGAGCCCUGUUAUCAGCCAGUGCUCAAAAACCUGUGGCAAUGGAACCCUGCAGGUGUGGUUUUCCUGUGUGGACCACCAGACGAGACUGGGGGUGCCCGACUUCCACUGUGAUGCUUCUACCAAACCCUCUUUCCAAUCUGAGACCUGCAACACAUCUCCCUGCUCUCCUGUGUGGCGCUCUAAGCAAGGAGUCUGCAGUGUAACUUGUGGAGGAGGGGUGGCCAACAGGGUGCUGUACUGUGCUCAAGAAACAGAAGGGGAGGAGGAGGUGGUAGAGGAUUCAGAGUGCAGUGGCUUUCCUAAGCCCGCUGUAGUGGUGUCAUGUAACACUCACAGCUGCCCAGCAAAGUGGAAGGUUCUGAGAACAUCACCCUGCUCUGUGUCCUGUGAUUUGGGUGUGGCUCAGAGACUUGUGUCUUGUGUCCAGUAUGUCCAUGGCAAAGAGAGCAUGGUCCCAGAGGAAAACUGCCGCACAACUGUGAAACCAGCCACCACAGUGCCCUGCCUGGCCCAAGUCUGCACCUUCAGGUGGGAGGUGACACCAUGGAGCCAGUGUUCAGUACCCUGUGAAUAUGGGAUCCAGUCCAGAGCUGUGUCCUGCAUGGGCCCCUCUAAGCCAGAGCCCCUCAGCCCACUGUUUUGUAUGCACAUACCCAAACCUAUCACCAUCCAGGGCUGCUACAUGGGCGGCUGCAUGCACACAUCAGAUGCCACCACUAACACCACUACUGUAGCGCAUACUGAAGUGAAAGCUAACCUCACAGAGGAGGGACCUGUCCUGUCUCCCAGUAUGGGUCAAAAAGAUAGGCCACAUCUCCACAAGAGCCGUCUUUCUCCAAGUCUAACACAGACGCUAACCAUCCCACAGAGCACCACAACAGUGAACCCAACACCUAAACCCAGUACAUGUGGACAGCUACUACUUGAAGAAUCAGGCGUGGUGGAUUUGAAAGACAUAACUGGCCGCUGCACAGUAUCCAUAGGACGACCUCUGGAUGAGGUCAUUCACAUUAAAGUGGAAUCUAGCUCCUUAAACUGCAGAAAGAAGGAGUAUGUGGCAUUUUUUGAUCGACUGGCAUUCAUAAGGAAGUGUGAUUUGGCAGCAAGUAGUGAACUGACCACAAGAACCAACGUCCUGCUGGUGCGACAAAACCUGCUCACCCCUGGGAAUGGGGUCGUUCUCACCUACAGUUCACAGAAAAAUAUGAAGAAGAGCCACCAUCAGGAUUGUGACAUUCAGCUCUUUUCCCCCCGCGGUGUGUUUGAAAAUCCAACUACACCCAACACCAACCACACCUGUCGCGUGCUUAUCAACGCCCCUCCCCUGGUGAAGAUCAGAAUCCAGGCCCUACACAUAGGAUUCAACAGCACCAAUACCCAGUCUACAUACAUUACGAUCCGGGACAUGGAUGUCUUAAAGACCAACGUUUUUAAAGGCCAUCAGCUGUUUUUGUGGCAUUCCUCUGGAAAUAUGGCUGAGAUUGAAUUUCAUGGAGACUACAUGCAUUCCAACGGGAGCUUCAGAGCCGAAUAUUCCUUUAUGCGUCCAUGAUGCUAGGUGUUAAAUAGUUUAGGGAAGUUUUGAUCUAUAUGAUUAACAUUUCUUUAGUUUGCAUUACUUACACUUUUGUAACAGCCAUUAACUGCUAUUCUGCUGAGUAGAAAGGCUUUACAUAACUCUGUGCUAAUUAUUUUGAUCUGAAAUAAAUAAUAAACAAGCCAAGGGACUCUGAA